AUUUUAGAACACACUAACAAAACUAGAUGAGAACAGACUCAGAGGAGGCAAACUGAAACUCCGGUCACUCCUCUCCUCUAUAUAACCACAGUCCUCUUCAGCCCAGAGAUCUCAACUGUCUCUGUCUCCCCCCUUGCAACCAAUUAAGAAGCAGCAGCAAGUUAAGAAGAGGCCACCGAUCCGAGCCAUGGAGGAUUACUUCUACUUCUCCGCCACCUUGGAGUUGGAGCCCGUUGGCAACCUCGAGUCAGUCUCACCGUCGCCGAGCCCCCGGCGCACGACGUCCCGCGACGUCGACGUCGCCGGCGAGCUCCGCGGGCGCCACCACCACUACCUCGACGCCUGCUUCCUUUGCGGGCGGAUGCUUGCCGGGAACAAGGAUAUCUUCAUGUACAGAGGCGACACCCCGUUCUGCAGCGAGGAGUGCAGGCAGCGCCAGAUCGACGCCGACGACGCGUCGGAGAUGAUGAAGAAGAGGGCGAAGAUGCAGCCCGCCGCCGCGAGGGGAGAGCAGCAGCCGCAGCGGCGGCAGAGCCCGCACGGCAUCCCGGUCUGGGCCCGGUAGAAAUAUUAUCGCGGCAUGUGUCGUCUCCGGCUAUGGCUAUGUGUAUGACAGAAGCCGGAGAUGUAAUCCAUUUCUAUUAUCUAAAAAAAUAUGUCGUCUCCGGCAUCGGCUUGUUUGCUGUACACA